AUGGCGAGACGUCUGAGGGCGAUCAGUUUGAGGUGUGGUAAAGCUCAGAGCUUUGUUAGGGUUUCGGCGAUGGCGAGUGGAGAAGGAGCUGUGAGGUUUGCUUUGUCUGAUAAAAGCACUCUCGUGAUACAAAUGGGCGAUAUCACCAAGUGGUUCAUCGACGGCUCCACUGAUGCAAUUGUUAAUUCAGCUAAUGAGAGAAUGCUUGGAGGUGGUGGAGGUGGUGAUGUAGAUGGAGCUGUACAUAGGGCUGCUGGGCCAGAUCUUCUACAGGCAUGCUGUGUUCCGGAAGCCAGGCCUGGAGUCCGCUGCCCCACCGGAGAAGCGAGAAUUACCCCGGGUUUUAAGUUGCCGGCGGCUUAUGUAAUUCACACCGUUGGACCUGUAUACUGUGCUUAUAAUAACCCUGAAGUCUAUCUGAGCUCUGCAUACAGGAGCAGCUUGAGCAUAGCCAAGGAACACAACAUUCAGUAUGUUGCAUUUCCUGCUAUAUCUUGUGGUGGGUAUGGAUAUCCUUAUGAUGAAGCUUCCGAAGUGGCUCUAUCCACAAUUAAAGAAUCAGUGAAUGACAUAAAAGAGCUACAUUCUACAUUGUUGCAAGUGCACUGCGUUCUUUUCUCUGAAGAUAUUUACAAUGUCUGGUUGGACAAGGCAAAUAAAUUGCUUAAAGCCUAGAGGAGCAAAGAGCAAGGAGCUUGAAGAUGUACAAGCCAUUCUGUCAUUUUGCACUGUAAAACCUUUCAUGUACUGGAGCUGAAGUGUGCGACUUCUCGUGUGUAAAACCGAAUGGUUUAUGUUAAUUACCAAUUGAAUUGCUAUUCUCUUGGAGAAUGCAUGGAACUUCCAGAGCUACUUGGUAAUUUAUGGCAUCUGCUUGGGCAUCAGAUUAUUUU